UUUGUGAUGAUGAAUGAGAAUUUAAAGAGAGUAAGAGUCAAGACUCAUGCACCACUCACUUCUCAUCAACUAUGGUUAACCUUUGAUCCAUUCCAUUCGAUCCUUCAAUUCAAACACUCGAUCCUUCAAUCCACUUCGAUCGAUUCUCAUCCAUCUUCUCAAAUCCAACUCGAAUCUCAAGGUUUUGCUUUUUUGGAUCAGUCUCCUUGUACGGUAAUCGAUGUAAAUGAUGUGAUUGAUGUUAAACUUAUACCCGAACGAACCUCAACGUCCACCAAACUAUCCUCAAAACAUGACCUAAUCCCAACCGAACCCAACAAAACACAUUCAAACCCAACCCCAAUCCCAAGACCCAUCAAACCAUUACCAAUCUCCUCCUCUUCCACGAGCCAGAAAGCUUCCCAAGAACCCUGCAAAUCUCUGAUCCCUAAUCAUGAUCCAACCCGAACCACUCCGAUUCCAGGCACAGGAAGUUCCCGAACGAAGGCCCGAAACUCACGAAAACGGAAACGGAGAUCGUUUUUAAGACAACAAGAACCCAUUAAAUCUUUAGAAUCAGAAGAUCAAGGAUCCCGGACUGGCUUGAGUAGCAAUGAGCGUCAUGGAAAGCUUGGUCAGGUUGAGAAAGGUUUGGGAAGGUCUGGGUGUACUUUGAUCGGACCUACUAGGACGGUUUCUUCGGAUGAAAAAUCAUCGAAUAGCUCAGGAUCUACUACUGAAUCUAGUGAAACUGAAUCCGAUUCCAAUUCCGAUUCCGACUCAGGAUCAGCAUCCAAAUCAAGUUCAGGAUCUAAAUCAAGUUCAAGUUCAAGUUCAGAUCCCGAAUCAGACUCGAAUUCCUCAGCCCCAUCCUCAGCGCCCAUCAAACCUCCUGACCCUAACCCUCAGCCAACCGCCUCAACCUCAACUUCGACCUACACCAGACCCUCCAACCCAAUCCUCCCACUCCAACCCAAACGAGUCCCAAUCAUCCAACCUGACUCUUUCAAAAUGUUUUCAUUAUCCAACAAAAACAAACGCAAGAACCUACGUCACUCAUCCACUACUGAACUUCACCAAGCCAGUAAAAUAGUCUUUUAUCAGAACGAACCUGAAGCAGAACCCGAAGCAAGAAGUCUACAAAAGAGUAGUCCAACUUAUACACCUGCUUCACCCAAGUUUGAUCGUGAAGAAAUUCUCGAUGAAGUAAAAGAACAGGUAGAUAACCAUCAGAUUGGCGUAGGGUAUGGACCUCCUCCUUCUUUAAGGGACCCAUGCACGAUACCUAGGAAUGUUCAGAUUAGUUGGGUAGAUGUAGAAGAUCCGAAUUGGGUUCCUGGACAAAUCUCAACUGGUUCAAUGGGGUCCUAUCAAGAUUGUUUAAAUGGUAGUACUAGUAGUAAGAGAAAAAGAGCCCAGAAUAGGAAAAAACAGGUCAAGAGGAAUAAAAGAGCUAGAGCUGCGAAGAUGAGAGAUCAGAGUUUGGAAGAAGAAGAGGGAAGGGAUGAUGAGAUUGAACUGGAGUAUGAUGAGUUUAUUAAAUCUGGAGGUCAUUUGAUUAAACCGAAGGAAGAGAAAGGUUUGGGUAAAGACGUCGAAGUCGGAUUGGACUAUAAAGAAAAAGUGAUCAAAGAGUGGGAUAGGUAUGAGAAAGUAGAUUGUCAAAGUACAAAAAAAGGUGAUCGGAUUGCACUAAAGGUGAUUGAACUUUCGAUGGAAAGUUUGACACCUGAGAUCAUGGUUUAUUUUGGAAAGGUUUUGGAAACUGAUCUGGUUUUUUUGAGAAUGAAGAUCGAUCGAAGGUGUUUACCUUUACUUACUUCAUCUUUUGAUCAAAGUUUAAACCAAGACUUUGCGGAAGAAGAAGAAGAUGGAGAAGAUGGAGAAGGAGAAGGAGGGUAUUCUGGAUUACGUGAACGUGAGUUGAUUAAAGAAAGUUAUAGAGAUAGUUUGAUGAAAUGUCUUUGGAGUGGGAAUCAGAGCGGGGAUGGGAAUGGGAAUGAAGAAGGUGAGUUGGAUUGUAGGGAUUGGAAGUGGGAUGAAGUGGUUGAAGUUAGAAGAAUGUAAAAAGGAAAACAAAGCAGAGAGGAGUUGAGGGAUUUGGGUGGAUGAGUCAUGGGUGGUGAUAGUGGUAAAGGUUUGGAAAAGAGUGAGGUGUAGGUACUGGGUGGUUUGAGUUUACAUUGGUGAAAGUAAAAGAUUAUUCGGUUUAGGAUUUCUUUUUUUUUUGUGUUUGGGAAUCAUUAUUUUUGGUUUGGGUUUGGAGUUUAGAUUUUGGUUGAUUUUUAUUUAUUUACAAUUUGAUUUUGAAUUUGAUG